AUGAUGCAGACUAGGGAAGAGAGGAGAGCUGAGUCACCAUCAGGUCUCGUCCUAACCACUGACCCUAAGCCACGACUUCGCUGGACCGCAGAGCUUCAUGAACGUUUCGUCGACGCCGUAACUCACCUUGGAGGUCCUGACAAGGCAACACCAAAGACAAUAAUGAGAGUGAUGAGUGUGAAGGGUCUUACACUUUACCAUCUCAAGAGCCAUCUCCAGAAGUUUAGACUUGGAAAGCAGCCUCACAAGGAGCAUAGUCAUGGUAACUCCAUUAAUAUUAGGGAUACUAAUAGAGCCUCCAUGUUGGAUCUUCAAAGGAAUGUUGUGUUCACUACCCCGCACAUCAUUGGUCGCAAUAUGAACGAGAUGCAAAUGGAAGUGCAAAGAAGAAUAGAGGAAGAAGUAGAUGUAGAAAGACAGGUGAAUCAGAGGAUAGAAGCACAAGGGAAGUACAUGGAGAGCAUGUUAGAGAAAGCAUGUGAAACACAAGAAGGAAGUCUCACUAAAGAUUACUCUACUCUCUUUUUCGACCGAACCACUAUUUGCAACAACACAUCGUCCCUCCCAAUCCCAUGGUUCGAGGACCAUUUUGCCUCCUCUUCCUCCAUGGACUCACCUACGUUGCAUCUCCCUGACAUCAAUUCCAACUUCUCCCUCCAAGAUACUAGGAGUUCCAUCACUAAGAACCGUACGGUUUGUCUCGGUUAA